GUCUCUAUGAGUACAUGCUGCAGAGAAAACACAACGCUCUGCCCAUAGCUGAGAUCCAUCCAGUUUUACGUCAACUGACAACAGCACUGCUCCACCUUGAGGCCCUGGAAAUAAUCCACGCUGAUAUAAAGCCUGAGAAUAUUAUGGUGGUGAACCGCUUGCAGCAUCCGCUUCAGGUCAAACUCAUUGACUUCGGCCUGGCUCGCCACGUGUCCGAGGCCGUUCCAGGGACCGCUGUUCAGAGUCUGUGGUACAGGGCACCAGAGGUCCUCCUGGGCAUGGACUUCAGUGAACAGAUUGACAUGUGGUCUCUCGGUGCUGUGAUUGCGGAAAUAGCAGCAGGCUUUGGACUGUUCCCCGCGGACCACGAAUAUGACGCGCUUAAGCUCAUUGUGGACUUGGUAGGUCAGCCUCCAGAUGUUCUAUUGAACUGUGGACAAAAAAGCAGCUUCUACUUUAACAUCGAGGGGAGCUACAACCAGCAAAUCUGGACACUUAAGACUCCAUGGAAGUUUGCAUUACAGACUGGGCAUCACUUCAGAGGAAACCAAUGUUUCCACCUGAGGUCUCUUGAUGACCUGGUGGAGGUAAUACCUUACAGACACAUGGCCAAGAGAGAGGAGUUGCUGAACUUUGUGGACCUCUUGAAAAAGAUGCUAGUGCCGGACAAGUGCGGACGGAUUAUUCCCCUCGCAGUCCUGGAGCAUCCGUUCUUCGCUGUGGAGCAGGACCCUGAAGUCAGCCAAAGCAUUGAAACCGUGAUUGCUCAGCCUCUCUCAUGUCAACAGAGUCUCACACCACAGCCUUCACUGACUAAGAGCUUCCAAAGCAUUGAAAACGUAAUCUUUGAUAGCAGAGACUCUGAAACAAGUGUCACUCUGCAGCUAUCAAAGAACGUCCAAAGUGUUGCGUUCAAGGCUGUGACUCUUCCCGAGCAAAUAGUCUCUGCUCAGCCAGAAACAGUUUAUUUUAAGCUUGAAGACGAAGCUGCUCACAUGGAGCCUGGGGUUAUCAAAGUGACCAGCGGCGAAAGAAAAAGCAGAGUCAGGAGAUUCUUGAAGAGCAUCAGAAACGCUCUCUUCUCCUGUGUCCGCUGUGACAGCAACUGAACCACCCAAUUGCCUGGUCUUCAUUUAUUCUAUUGUUUUAAAAUGUUUUUGGUUUAUUUCUCAGUAAAUAUAUUGACUUCAACUUUUAAAAAAGCUUGUGUGAUGUGUGGUGAACUUAUAGAAGAGAAAUACUUCUGGUCCUAUUUAUUGUUAUUUAUAAGUAUACAUAUACUGUAUAUUGUUAUAGGUAUUUUAUUGCUGUUUCGUACUAAGAAAUGUGAUUCUUAUAUUAGUGCCAUUAUUUUAGUUAGUUUGAGGCUUAUGUUUUUUUACCGGGGAAAAAGAGGACGUAACACCAUUGUUCUUUGUAUUGUUUGAACAUCAAAACAUAAAGUGAACAAACAAAAUCAUGAUUUAUAAUUGAGGAUCAAAGUCUUCGAGGUUUGAACAAGUGUGGUCCAAUGAGAACUAAGCAAAAUCAAUCUGUCGAUGAGGAUAUUGUCAAAAGCUCUCAGAGCUACUAAAAUAUUUAAACACAAUUCUAUUUAAAAGAUAAAGGUGAGAUUGUAUCGUAAAGGAUAAAUGAGGGUUAAGGUUAUGGUUUUGCCAUUUUCUGACAGUAUGAAAUAAAUAUAGAAGAUUUAAUUAGUAGAACAUCAAAAAUAAUUAUACAUAACAUAACUAUUGUUGCCUACUGGAGGAGCACAAUAUACUCUUCUCCACUCCAGUGUGGGUUCCCACAGGGCUCAGUUAGGCCCCCUGUUAUUCUCCCUUUACUUGCUACAGUACAUACUUGGAAAGCACGGCAUUGCAUUCCACUGCUAUGCAGACGAUAGCUUAAAUCACAAAAUAAGUUUCCUGACUUGAUUAUUCUAUUUUUAUUUAAUUUUUUUAUACUGCAUUUACAGUAGGUCGGACCCUUUCCCCGUUAGAUUAGGAUACGGAGAAAAACUAUUACAUUUUGUCCAAAUUAAAUCAAAGUAUAAUGAAAUGAAUUGAUUUAAUUUAGUCUGUAACACAUACCAAUAGACUAAUCGAUUUCAUAAUCGAUUUGUAUUAGCCAACUUAACCGAAAACUCUGCCUUUACGCUCCACACACCUCGCUAUAACCACUAAUCUGGCUUCGUAGUUCCCCCUCAGGUGGCAGUUCAGCUUCUCAAUUAAGUUUUAUUUUGUGUGCAUCCUUGACAACAAGUAAUGUGUUUGGUAGUUUUCUAUUAGUAAUUUGUACAGUUAAAUUAUAGGUUUACCAGCUUUUUAUCAGUUUAAAAGUAAGUUUAUAAUUGUGUGGUAACCUUUUGUGUGUGUAUAAGUAAUUGUACUUUUAAUUAUAGAGAGUUGUAGAUUUAAUGUUACUUAAUGCUGAUGUUUGUUUCUCUAUUUUAGAAACACACACAUGUCUGAAUGAAGAUGCUUUGGGUUGAACUAAAAGAAAUGUGAAUCAUUGUUUUUUGUUCGUGAUUAGACUCUUUACUGUUGCUGUUGGGAAACCUGAAUUAAUUUACACAUUCACACACUAGGGAUUAUCAUAUCAUUUUAUAUAAAUGUCGUGUUGAAUUUAAAGAGAAGUGGUUUAUGAGUUCUUUAUGAGUCUGGAAAUUAACUAGGUUUGUGUGAAAUAUAGCAUUUUUUAAAGGGUUCAUGUUAUAUGUAUACGCAUGUAUAUUUGUAUAGUUUGACCAGACGCUGACUAUUAAAAUGAUCAGUCCCCGACCUGACUGGCACCCCACUUAUGUCAGUCCGCAAGGGACAUUUGACUUGAACAUUUUCUUGAAACCCCCCUCACCUGCAAUGAUGGUAAGGCGUAGGAAGUAGAUGAGGGAGCAAGUGUGCGUGGCGUACUCCGCGGUUGAGAGUUUGUUCCAGACUCAGGGCUGCUGCAGGGCCAGGCACAGGCAGGACAGAGCCCACUGCGGGCAGGUCCACACUGAGGGGCAGCUGGUUCUGGAGCAGACGCCACGCCACGCCAGUACAAGGAGGGAAGAAAAGUGUGUUUAGACAGAAUAUAAUGAAGGGUAUGCAUAAAAACGUCUAAAAAGAGAUAAAGGCAUAGCUUACAUUCCUCUAAAUAAGCACAACAUAUCUUUCAUGUUAGUGGCUAAAACUUGAAGUAUUUUAGUAAAUGUCUUGUGUUUGCUGGUUUAUUUCCUUAGGUUUAUACAGCACUUUUGGGAAAUUGUAUACCCUGUUCGUUGUUUUCCAAAUGUAUUCACAAUUACAUCAUCCUUUAUCUUGUAUUUCUAACAGUUUUGUGUCAAUAAAAGGUGCAGGC